CGGUCCUGUGUACAUUAGCGCAUGCGUAUUAGCGGCAAACAAAACAUAAACACACGUCAUUCACGUGAAUUGUUACAGACUAUUCAGCUGUUCAGAUGUGCGUGUCGGGUUGUACCUGUGAGUUAAAAAUCGUGUGUUUAACAUAUGUGUGUAAUUCCUGUUUUUGAACGGGUUUAACUCCGUGCAGAGUGGAGCAGUGGGGGCCUGGUCUUGUGUAAAGAGGAAGUGAGCGCCAGACUGACCGCCGAGUGGACAGUCACUCCUGUGGGACUGUGGCAGGACCGGAGGGCGUGUCGUAGUUAUAUAGCAUACACACUAUGGGAGGCCAUUUGUCCAUUGAUGAAAGUGUCCAUGUGGUGAUUGUUGGGGGCGGCUUUGGUGGAAUUGCUGCUGCCCAGCACCUGAAACAUCAUGGAGUGCCCUUUAUGCUGAUUGACAGCUUGGAUGCCUUUCAUCACAAUGUUGCUGCACUGAGAGCCUCUGUUCAAAGUGGCUUCGCUCGGCAAACCUUUAUUCCGUACAAAGAGACUUUUGGAUUGAGUUUUCUUCAGGGUCGUGUAACACGAAUAGACACUACCGAGCAGUAUGUUGUGCUUGACAGUGGAAAGGAAGUUCGAUAUUCCCACCUUAUCCUGUGCACGGGUACAGGCGGACACUUUCCUGGCAAACACAAUUCUGAGGAUUCCUACAAGAAAGCCAUUGAGAAGUAUGAAGACAUUGUGAAAGAGAUCCAGGCAUCAGACUCUGUUCUUGUGGUUGGAGGUGGAGCCACUGGGUUGGAAAUGGCUGCUGAGAUUAGGACAGAAUAUCCAAACAAGAAGGUGAUUCUUAUCCACUCUCGUGAGACCCUGGCUGACCCAGAGCUGCUCCCCAGUGUGAGAGAGCAGGCCAAACAGGUGCUGCUGGAGAAGGGAGUAGAGCUGUUGCUCGGACAAAAAGUGUCAAACCUGAGUGAGCUGGAAUUCAGUGUGUGUCGAAAGGGCACAGUGGUGAAGACAGAUAAGGGUGAAGAGUUCACUGUUGAUCUUGUUGUUUGUUGUACGGGGAGCAAGAUCAAUGCGGAUGCUUAUAAUUCCAGUUUAGGUGGAUGUAUGGCAGAGAACAAUGCCCUAAAAGUAAAUAAUCACAUGCAGGUGGAAGGCUUUACCAAUGUAUAUGCUGUGGGAGACUGUGCUGAUGUCAAAGAACCCAAGAUGGCCUAUCAUGCUGGUCUCCAUGCAGCAGUAGCUGCUACCAAUAUAAUUAACAGCCUGUCUGGAAAGGCAUUGAAAUCAUACCACACAGGAAAUGUGACGAUGCUGUUGGCGAUGGGCAGAGAUGAUGGAGUGGGUCAGUUUAAUGGCUGUAAACUACCUCGUUUUGUAGUCGUCAAAGGAAAGAGUCAGGGUUUGCUGCUGUGGAAGAGCUGGAGGGAAAUGGGACAGAAAGCUCCUAGCUAGAAGGUAGAUGCAGGUACAGCCUAUGUAUAAGCUACACCUAAACACGCCAACUCAACCCUCAGAGCAUGCUGCAUCAUGUACAGCAAAGCUGUAAUUGUUUACAGAUAAAAGUUUGAGUAUUUACAGAAUUUCAACUGUGUAACAGUUUCAUCUGUAAAAACAAUCAUCGAGUCUACUGUUUGAAAUGAAAUCCGGAACAAUGAAGCUAUUUUAUAUGAACAUUUUUAAUAUUUUACAUGUGAAUAGAAUACGAUUAUCAAAAUAUGUUGCUUAAGACAUAGUCAGAGUUGUCAGAAUGUGUUCAUUACAUGGUGCUGUAUUUUCAUGCUGUUCAAAAGGCAGAUGAUUGCCAAAUAAAUAUCAGAUAUUGCUGAGUAA